AUGAGGAAGCUGUGUCCUAAUUUUGAUAAGGAAGAUGGGCUGGAGACGGUCCUGGAGGUGCCCAUUCCUGAGGAGAUGUUCACCAACAUGGGCAACAAUGCCACCGUGCGUUGGCAGAAUUUGCGUGCUCUGAUGAAAGCUCAAGGUGUAGAUAAGUCAUCACAUCUCGCAGCUGCAUCAAACAAUGAGUUUAUGGCUUUGCUAAAGCUUGUUGGUUCUCCUCUUAUCCCUUUUCAGGUCCAGCCGGACCAACCUUUAACCCGCCCCAUCAAAGAUUGUUCCAUUGAAGCUUCUACGGCCAAAUAUAUAGUGCAACAGUAUGUAGCCGCCACGGGAGGACAAGCAGCAUUAAACUCAGUGAACAGCAUGUAUGCAGUGGGACAGGUGAAUAUGGUGGGGUCGGAAAUGUGCCAAGGGGAUGAUAGUGUCCACGCCAAAGGCAACCGUGAGAUUGGUGGAUUCGUGCUGUGGCAAAUGAAUCCGGAUAUGUGGUUCUUGGAGUUGGUUGUUUCUGGUUUCAAGGUGAGUGCAGGCAGCAACGGCAAGAUGGCCUGGAACCAGUCUUCCUCUCAGCCUUGUCAUGCUAAUAAAGGCCCUCCCAGGCCCCUGCGCCGCUUCUUCCAGGGAUUGGAUCCCAGGUGCACGGCAAACCUGUUCCUAGAUGCGGUCUGCAUUGGAGAGAAAACCCUCAACGACGAAGAUUGCUUCAUACUCAAGCUUGAGACGGCCUCCCACAUCCUGAAAGCACAAAGCACGCCCAACACCGAAAUCGUCCACCACACAGUGUGGGGAUAUUUCAGCCAACGCACAGGGCUCCUCGUCCAAUUUGAGGACACAAAGCUGGUGCGGAUGAAGCCCAUCAAAGGGAACGACAGCGUCUUCUGGGAAACAAGCAUGGAAUCCGUGAUAGAGGAUUACAAAUACGUUGACGGGAUUAACAUAGCGCACGGCGGUAAAACUGCCACGACGCUGUACAGGUAUGGAGAGUCGUAUAAUCACAAGCGGAAGAUUGAGGAGAGCUGGAAGAUUGAAGAGGUUGAUUUCAACAUCUGUGGCUUGUCCAUGGAUUGCUUUCUGCCUCCUGCUGAGCUCAAGAGGCCGGAACAACAAGAUGGAGAGCAAGGAGCAGUGUAA